AUUUCCAGCACGUCCAAUGCAACACCGAACACGAUGGUACAGAACUCCAAUGGAUCGAAGUAUGUGACGAUUGUCUCUGAAGAAGGUUUCCGGUUUAUCAUCCCCAAGCAAGCGGCCGUCUUGUCCAAUACACUCAAGGAUAUGCUUUCAGAGGACAUUGGAAUGCUGGAGUCUGAAUCUGGUGUAGUUAACCUCAUGCAUUCGGCCCCGGUUGUCGAAAAACUGUGUCACUACCUGCUUUUCAGACAUCAUCACAUUACGACGCCAGACGGCCAAUCCGCCGGUAAGGGAUCUGCUCAUAACUUUGACGAUCAGAUUCCCAUAGAGCUUGCCCUCCAAUUAUUGGAAUGCGCUGAUUUCUUGGACAUCUGAAUGCGCUCCUUCCGGACAUCACAAUAUAACCAUAGUCUCCACAAGAGUGCACAAUUGAGGAUCCAUGUAAAAUGUAUUUUUUUUUUCAAAAAACCUUGUAACAUGCCACUAUUGCGGGUUUUGUUAUUGCAUGCUGUCAUUUAUUUUGGAGCCGAUUUGUUUGGUGGGACGAUAGCCAAGAGAAUCAAACAAAACCUCCGCUUAGUUUUUACAAUGAACAGCUGAUAGUACCGCCCACAGAAACGCCGUUUCAAAGAAAUAAAUCGGUCCGGAACGAUCUUCACUCACUACCGAUAACAGAUAACAGGAAUGCAACUCGAGGUUACUUAGGGUAGCAAAACAACCCCUCCAUGGGAUAGCAGGGCGUUUCCACUCGAGAAUGACAAUCAACCCACAGCGACACGGACAAGAGAAAAAAAAGCAGAGUAUCUCUCAGACACUGCUUUUAUUCAAAGCCAGUGCCCAUGAUUCACGACGUCGCAUCACUCUCAUUUGUAGUUGGCUUCCGUGAGAUUUGUGUAGUUUACUUUCUAUCUUAUCCACGCCAAACCUACCCCAAAGGCCCCUGAGAUUUGGACAGAAGCUGGUCAUUCCAUCCAGCUUGGAUAAGUUAUCUCAUGUUCACAAAUCUUUAAACACCUGCAUGAUUCCUUGAGG